AUACGAGGAGUUUUACCUCGCUAGGGUUCUUGGGAGAUGCUGCAUUGUUCUCCCUUCGUGUCUCCAACGGUUGGAAGCGCUAGGGUUUGCCGGAUUGGAUUGCUAGCGGUCGCGAGCGCCUCGAUUUUGCAGCGGAGGGGAUUCAGGAGCCUUGCCGCCGCUGCUGCGAGCUUGGAGUCCGAGGUCGAGGAGGAUUUCACUCCUCAAUCUGGGGAGAAGAAGAGAUUGCCGCACACGCCCGUCCUGGUGAGGCAAUUCCUGGAGCAUUUCGAAGGAAGAAGCGUCAAAACCUUCUUGGAUUGCACUGUGGGAGCUGGAGGCCAUGCUUUCGAGAUUAUCCAAGCGCAUCCAGAGCUGGAGACGUUCGUGGGAAUGGACGUUGAUCCCUGCGCGCUCAAGCUGGCGAGACAAAGAUUAAGCGAUCUCUCAGGUAGCAUGGCGAAGGUGGAUCUUUUCCAUGCCAAUUUUAAGAACAUGAAGAAGGAUCUCAAAGAACGAAAUCCUGAGCUCUUGGAGCGGGGCUUCGAUGGGAUUCUUUUGGACCUGGGACUUUCGUCAAUGCAGGUUGACGCUCCCGAGCGAGGCUUUAGCUACUACUUGGAUGGACCUCUGGACAUGAGAAUGGAUUCGAGUGUAAGUCUAUUUCUUCAUCGUGAUAGAGAUCUCACGGGAACUUGCUUGCAGGAUGUUCUUGGGCUCACCGCGGAAGCCAUUUGCAACAACUGGUCCGCCGCUGAGAUUGGCCGCAUCUUGCGAGAGUAUGGCGAGGAGAUGCGGUGGAAGUUCCUGGCGAGCCGGAUCGUGGACGCGCGGCUCAACGGCGGGAUCAAAACAACGAAAGAUCUCGCCAGCGUUGUUGGAGGAAGAUUCACUUCAGGGAGAUUCAAGAGAGCCAGGCACCCGGCAGCUCGGACGUUCCAAGCGCUAAGAAUCGCCGUGAACGACGAGCUCAAGUCACUGAGGUCCGCGAUCGGACAAGCGAGCAGCUGCCUGGCUCCCGGUGGUCGCCUGGCGGUGAUUUCUUUCCACAGCCUCGAGGAUCGCAUCGUCAAGUACCAGUUCAAGGAGCUGUCGCUGGUGUUCGACAAGGUGGACUUGGCGUUCAUGCUGCUCACCACGAGCCCGAUCACGGCCGACGCCGCGGAGAUCGAGAAAAACUCCCGGUGUAGGAGCGCCAAAAUGCGAGUGAUCCAGCGGCUAUGCCGAUGAAAGAAAGCCUCGUCCAAGCUUGCAA